CGCGAAAGAAGGUAUCCCAUCGACAAUCCCGAUUUCGGCAACCAUACACGGGAGAGGGUCUUGUUGCGGUAGUGCCUACGAAGGACAACAAUGAACCGAGCCUGUUCUUCCCGGAACCCGACACAUGGCAGCCGGUGGCUCAGCGGAUCUCUCGGUCUCGGUGCUGAUGAGGCGAGGGUCACCCGAUGUUUGAUACUUCCACCUUCGAGACCAUAAAGCCUCCCCCAUCUGCUGGGCUUCCUGUCCUCGGUUUUCCCUCCUGCGACGAUUCGAAACGUUCGGGUUGAUAACAGACCACGAAUCCAAGCAAUCCAGCAGUAUACCACCAACAAGAUGGAGAGGUUUGCAGAGUCGUUGGCCACGGCGCUCAACGCUGCCGGGAUUCCUUGCGUCUUGUGGGGUCAAUAUCUCUUGCAAGUUCACGGCGCUUCAACGAUAGUUUGCGCCAUCGACUUUGUUAUCCCGGACGAAAGUUUGGAGGCCGCAAAAGAGGUCAUCAAAACGGGUCACUUCUCAAUCCCAGUUUAUGCAUGCGCGGACACAAUGACUUGCCUCUCCGGAAACUCCCCGGGCCGGACACAUCCGCAUCCCUCGAUUCAUAUGCAUAUGGAUCUAGGCACCACACAGAGCGUAGGCCUCUACGUGCAAUCCGAGACGCUCUGGUUCCUUCCACCGCUUAGCGCCACUCUCGCAAGCCCCAAGACGAAUCCGCUCCCGCCGUACUUUGCGCUUGCCUCCGACCGGACAGCUCUUCCAACCGACGAAAUGACUACAGGAAGGGGCAUCUUUAACUCGGAUGAGACUGUGGUCAUUGUCCCCAAAGCGCACACCAUGACGGAAGCCUUGAUGCGCAUCAUGGCCCGCGACAAUGGCAAGACAGUUGGCGGGAAUUCAGUCCCACACUUUUGCUAUAUUUUCUUCUUCAUCGAAAGACGCGGGAUCCUGGAUAUCAACCUUCUCCCCGAAUCACUCAAGAAGUUCUACGAGGAGUUCAGGGAUGGGCCGGCGGCGAUUGGACAAAUCGAGAUAAAGCUAAAGCGCGCUCUUGGAAUACCAGUCCCCCUACGCUUCUACCACUAGGGGCUACCGCUUUGCAUUUGCAACAGAAACACGGACGCUCGAGGUCCAUAUUGACAGUCUUGGUAUGGUAGCCUAGCAGCUGCGAAACAUCAAUUGGGAUGCUGCUGCACUUGUUUCAUGACUUUUUCUCGGCUUCAUUUUUCCCCUUCUGCUUGUUCUUUAGGUUAUUUGGCCUUUCUUUCUUUCGGUGUGGCGGUUCGCCACACCUGUUCAAAGCCACCGGGGGUACCUGCCGGUUGGGGACGCCUCAGGGCUGAACCUCCGGUCGGGGCUCCUCUUGGGGCGCUUAGGCGGUGACUUCAGGGUGUUCGCGCCCCGCUCUCGCCCGCCGGCAGCGCUCUAGGGAAUUUAGGAGGGGAAAGAUGUGACCCGCAGCGAGACCGGCACGUGCCGGGCGAGCUGCGCGGCCACGCGGGCCCAGCUUAGUGAACUCUUCCGCCCUGACAUCGGACGUUACCUAGUUUCGGCUUGUCUU